GACAAACCCCAGUUUUGUCUGUCCAAAGACGGCUUUCGUCCGCGUCCAAUGCUGGUGCUGCGUUCAACAUGAUCCCUGGGUUUGCCCAGCGGAAUACGUUCGCGAAUUUCGGAAAUCGGGGUAGCGGUUUCACUGCGACUUCAUCCAUGUCUCUGAACACGGCGAAUUUAGAGUCUGCCAUGAACAGUGUGCAGCUAGGAGUGGACAGUCCGUUUUUCAGUCGGAAGAACAGCAUGCAGAGCAAUGUUGGCACGAACAGCACCCCGUUCGCCAGCCAACCGCUCGGCGCGGCGAGGAGAAGCCGCGAGUUGAUGCGGCGGAUCUCGACCGGCCAGGACUUGCAGACUGCGAUGGGAGGAGGUGGAGUUGGAGCUGCUUCCUCCCUGCCGAUGUCGAAUUACGCGAACCUUCCCCCCUCCUCCUCUCUCGACCGGCAGGGGUCUUUGCAGGAGCUUGUCGCACAGCGGAACUCGUUCAGUAAGUUUGGCGGAGGAGGAAAUGCCGGUGGCGGAGGCGGCCGUGGAGGUGGUCCGCCUCCUCUUCCGUAUGACGACGGCGGCUCGGACUCGUUGAAUGUCAGCCAGCGAUCGAGUUUCAACUCUGUCGUUUCUCGACAGACUUUUCAGCGCGGGGAGCUGCACCGCGGCGGUGGCAAUGAAAGUUUCCACUCGGUCGGAUCGGCAGCUGAUUUGGAUAACCAGGCUGGCGUGCCGGUUACCGUCCCACGGCCGGAGCGGAUUUCGCAACUGAUGCAGAACUUCUACCCGCAUCUUGCUGGUGCGCAGCAUCAUGGAUCACAUCAAAUAACGGGCGGCGGAGCUGGUGGACAGCGAUCCGCUGGGAUUUCUCCGAGAAAUUCCUUCAGCAACCCUCCAGGCGGUGGAGCUGGUGCGCGGGGGGCGUCCUUCGGCGCCGCUUCGUCCUUCCUCCGACGGGCGUCGGCCCCGAAUGCGG